UACCCUUAUUACAGUCAACCUAUCGAUAUUGUUGUUAUUGGUUAAUCCAGACUAAUUAAAUUGUAAAUUAAUAGUAAAAACUCGGAAAUUACCCAUCAUGGCCACUUUGGAGGACAAACUAUUAGGCGAGAAGCUUGAGUACUACUGCAGCAGCAGCGAGGGCGAAGACAAUGGCGAUGAUGGUGACGAAUCGAAGGGAGCUUCUGGUAAAUCCAGAUCAUCUGGCCUGACCAUUGACACAAAUCCGGAUGCGACUCCGGCGGGCGGGUUCCGUCAGCAGGGCUCCACGAACACGGGUCCCAAGGGUGUUGUUAAGGACUGGCAGAGAUUCAAGCAGCUGGAGGCAGAGCGUCGUGAUGAAACGGAGCGCCAGCGUCUGGCAUUGGCCAAAAAGCUCACCAUUACCACAGCCACAUCGGCGGAGGAUGAGGAGCGCAAGCGGCAGGAAGAGUUGGAUGCAGAAUUAGAUGAACUUAUGAGCGAGGACUUCCUGCAACAGUACCAAAAGCAGCGAAUGGCCGAGAUGCUUCGACAGACGGGACACAAUCAGCAGUUCGGCCAGGUUCAGCAGUUAACCAGUCAUGGCGAAUUCCUCGCCUGCGUGGAACAGGAGAAUAAGCACACCACCAUCAUUAUCCACAUCUAUGAACGGCAGCUGGCUGCCUGUACCACUUUAAACAAAUGCCUGGACAGCUUGGCCAGUGAUUAUCCGUCCAUCAAGUUCGCCAAGAUCUGCAGUUCCGUUGCCGGAAUGAGCCGAGAUUUUCGUACCAAAGGAUUGCCAGCGCUGCUGGUCUAUAAGGCCCAAGCGGUCAUCGGGAACUUUGUGCGGCUAACCGAUGACCUCAGCGACGACUUUUUCGCCUCCGACGUCGAGAGUUUUCUUAUUGAGCAUGGCAUUUUAGUGGACAGAGCUCUGUACAAUUAGGUUGGUAAUAAAGUCCCUAAGUUUAUAAGCUGGAAAGUAACUUUCAAGAAGCAAAUCCCAUCGCUGGAGCUUUAAAAACCAUAGUUUAAGAUUUCAAGACCUAUCAAAAGUAUAUAAAGUGAACUGAAUUUCAAAAACCAUCAUUUCCCUGUCAACCAUUUUUUAUUACUAAGCAUUAACUCAUCACCGCGGAAUCAUCACUUGAAGAAUCAUUUUCAGCAAGUCAAAGCUGAAUAAUUUAUAUUACUACAAAAUUUUUUUGGAAUCUCCCAUGUUACUUGUCAGCUAUAGCUUAGGGUUAACAAAUACCAACAACUUCUGACCAAAUAUGUGUUCGUAAGAUUAGAAUUUAAGAGAACUUAAGCCAGGCCCACCCUUUUCUUAAUUUUUCAAUUUAAAUAUUUAUUCUUUCCAUUCAGUAAUUAGUUACAUUAUAUGUAUGAUUCUUUUCUCUUUUGUUUUUGUUUUUGUAUACAGAAUUUCUUAAAGUGCAACUUUCACAAAAUGGAAAAUGUCUCAGAAAACGGGGUAAAUCAAAUAAAAAGUAAAAUAAAAUUUGAUUACAAAAUAUUUGAAAAAUGUAUUCGAAAUGCAUUUUGCACUUGAAAAUAUAUGGAACAGAUCCUGCUCACUAAAAUAUAACGUAUAUCUAAACCUUUCCGUCAUCAUUUUUACAAUACGAUUUAUAUUUAUGUAAUAGUAUUUAGUGGCUAAUGAAUGUACUUCACUCGAACUCGUACUCUGUAAGAUUUAUACACUUAUAUAUUUUAUAGCUUAUAGCCUACCAUAUACAGCAAUAAAAAUGAUGUCGAUACAAUAAA